AUGCAGAGUCGUCGCUCUCGAGCGUCCAGGGAGCGGCAGCAUGUCCACUGUGACUCCUGCUACAGCCGGCGCUGCAGGGCUCGGGUGGAGGUCUCUGUGUGCUGUGCCCUCAUCCCCUGCCGCCUGCACUGUGGAGCUCUGUUCCACCUAUGCAAAGAGGAGGAUCACCUGCUGCUCUGCCCUAAGGUGAGGGUGCCGUGCCUCAACUCCGGGUUCGGCUGCCCGGUCCAGCUGCCCCGCUCCUCGCAGGCCGCUCACCUCCAGGUGUGUCCGGCCAGCGUGGUGUGCUGCUCCAUGGAGUGGAACCGCUGGCCGACCCACGAUGCUCACUCCUAUCCCAACACAGAGCUGCACGAAAACCUGCUCAGAGAAAGAGAGCAGGGAGGAUGUCUGGACCUGGCCAUGGCCCUGAAAGACCAGGACCGACUGUUUCACUCCAUGAAGAUGAAGAAACUGUUCCCCGAGCUCGUCCAGAGUGAAGAGGAGGAGGAGAUAAAAGAAGAAAGGAGGGAGGAGGAGAGGAGGAGGGAAAGGCAGAAAAAAGCUUCCUUGGUGAAGGAGGCAGCAGAAAAGGAGGCCGGAGCUCCCACCUGGGAGUCUUUUGUCACGUUUAACAUCCAAGACCAAGAUGAAGAUGAAGUUGAGGUUGAAAAUGAUCAGCUGUUGACUCAGGAGGAGAGAGAGGCUAUUGCCACGGCCUCAAGCAUUGAUGCUGAUCUGUUAGAAAACUACAGGGCCUGGGAGCAUAUGUUCAGUAUGGAGAGGGGCGGCUGCAGGGAGGCUGGAGAGGAGGUUGUGGGAGGCAGAGGCCAGGGACCGGCUGAAGGCCUGGGUGCUCUGAUUGAGGAAGAUGCAGCAGAUAUGUGUGUGGGUGCAGCAGCUUCCUCCUCCUCCUCCAGCGUCAAACUGACGAAGGAGAAUUAUGUGUACGAGUAUGUGGAGCCCAUGAAGAUCAUCACCGUGCGCACAUUUAAUGUCCCAACCAGCUUCUCUGCCAAGCAGGGCCGCAUCCGCAACCCUGGUUUCUACAGGAGGGAGAGCCGGGCCGUGGACACCAGCGACCUGGGGGUGACGUUAAAGGACAUGCCUGUGUGGGAGGAAAUUCAGGCCUCUCUGCUGUGCUCCCUGGAGAGGGAGCAGAGGGGUCACCUCAUCGCAGAGAGCGCGUGCUCAGACGGUCUGCUGCUAGACGAGGGCACGCAGACCUACAACUUCCUGUCCGCUCCCUUCCAGAGGAACACGUCGCUGGCCCAUCUGACUGACGGGAAACCUCUGGAGCUGCACCUUCAGCUGCAGGUGGAGAGCGUCACCAGCCGACACCACAAGGCCAGCUCCGCCUUCACCUUCCUCUGCGGACACACCUUUCAGCGCCGAGAAUACGGCAAACAUUACAAGAACAUCCACAGUGACAUCCAGAUGGGUGUGAACGGAUGGUUCGAGCAGAGGUGCCCCCUCGCGUACCUGGGCUGCACCUACAGCCAGAGGAGGUUCCAGCCGUCCACACAUGAAGCCAGCGUCACCUUCAAUGAGAGCCUGGGCUGCUUCAGCCUGCAGGCCACCAUCCCACUGGGUGAUGCUCCCCAGUCGUCCAGGAGCUCUGCGGACUCCUUACCUCCUCAGAGAGGGAGAGGAGGUCGUGCAGGAGGAGAGGAGGCCUCUCUGGGCUUGCUGCCCUACGAGGUGCUGUGCCACGUGGCCAGUUUCCUGGACAGUCUGUCCCUGUCCCAGCUGGCUCUGGUGUCCCGGCUCAUGAGGCAGGUGUGCUCCUCUCUGCUGCAGGACCGAGGGAUGGUCACCCUCCGCUGGGAGAGGACCUCUGACCCACAUGGAGGAGCCAGGUGGAGGGUGAAAGAGACUGUUUGGCAGUUCAGCACCUUGUUCUCUCCCGUGGACGCCUGGAGCUUCCGAGACGUGCCGUCCAUUUCGGAGCAUCUGAAGCUGUGUCCCUACUACACAACGGAGUCCAGGACAGACAAGGUCCAACUACCACGUUUCAGAGAAGACGUCCAAACCAACAAGAGCUGCAAAGGUCCCACUCUGGUCGACUUGGUCCAGCAGAAGAGGAUCAUGAUGUAG